UACCGUUAUGUCAUAAAACACCGUCAAGCGGUGAAAAUUAAUGCAAAAUCGAUUUUGGCAAUGAUGUGUGAUGAAUUUGUAUCCACCCAAAAUGAAUGAAAGUAAGAGUUGUUUAGAAGCUGCAUGUGUGUGGCAUUAACUACCGAAAUGCAUAGUUAUGUUAUAUAAGUGGUAUAGUUGAUACAAAACGUGCUGUCGAGAUGAAUUUGCUACCGAAAUUAUCGCACCCGUUGAAAAUUUCGCUUCAGCAAUAUUCCACCGGAAGUGAAAACCUAACUCAGGCCUCGCGCGUUGUCAUUGCCGGGGCAGGCUUGCUUGGUAACUCGGUGGCGUUCCAUUUGACGGAAAAUGGGUGGAACAAUAUCGUGGUAUUGGAUCAGAACAGAAUCGGUAGUGGAACAUCCGAUUUUGGUUCCGGCACAAUCGGAUUAUUCAAGCCAACUCCGGAGAGAAAUAUUAUAAUGGAAAGUGUCAAAUUGUAUGAUCGUUUGCAAAAUACGGGCUACAAUGUAGGAUUGAAGCGAUGUGGAAGUCUCAAUUUGGCACAGACGCACGAUCGUAUAAUAGCAUUGAAGCGAAGAAUAGCUUAUAACGUUCCGACAGGACUUUUCUGUGAGUUUAUUGAUGCAGAAUCGGCUAAGAAGAUACAUCCUUUCCUCAAUGUAGAUGAUAUUCAGGGUGCAGUAUACGUGCCAGACGAUUGUGUAGCCGAUCCCGCACUUGUCCUGGAAGUCUUAGCUAAAUUGGCCAAACAAAACGGCGUUAAGUAUUUUGAAGGAUGUGAAGUUAGAUAUGUCAACACAAAAGGUGGCCGCGUGGAUAGCGUAGAGACUGACGUUGGAACAAUUAAAUGUGAAUAUUUCAUCAAUUGCAGUGGAAUGUGGUCAAGAGAGUUAGGAUUGAAAUGCAGAAAGCCUGUUUGUAUCCCGGCUCAUCCCGCGCAGCAUUUCUACGCUCUCUCGUCGAACCUUAACUUGCCAACAGAGAAGCUUCUACCGUGCGUGAGAGACUAUGACUCAAACUUAUACGUGCGACAGUUAGAAGAAGAAAUGUUAGUUGGUUGGUUUGAGAAAGAAGCCAAACCUGCAUUCGAAGGAACGAAAGAUAUUCCAAAAGAAUGGAAAACUCAAUUGGAUCAUAACUUCACCAACCAUUGUUGGCCGUUGUGGGAGAAGGCGGUUGAACGAAUACCAUUACUUAAGGAUACUAUCGAGCCAAAUGUGACAAACAGUCCGGAUAAUUUCACUCCCGACGGUCGAUGGAUGUUUGGAGAAACCGCAGAGGUCAAAAAUUAUUACGUGGCUUGUGGAAUGAAUGGGAACCCCUUGCAGGGAUCUGGCGGAGUAGGUAAGGCGUUGGCCGAGUGGGUUGUUAGCGGUACCCCCACCAUUGAGAUGUUACCGUUCAAUAUUCAAAGAUUCCUGAGCCUGCACAACAAUCGACAAUACUUACAACAACGAAUCAAAGAAGUUGUUGGUCGUCAGUAUGCUAUCCUCUACCCAAAUCAAAGCGAGUACAAAUAUUCUCGUAAAUUGAGAUGUUCCCCGUUGUAUAGCGUAUUAGAGACGCGAGGGGCAGUGUUCGGAACAAAAAUGGCCUAUGAGAGGGCGUUGUACUUUGACACUGAUUACGAACGAGGUUCUCCAUUGCCAAAAUUACCACCUGGUAGUUUCUAUAAGCCAAAAUUUUUCCAUUUUAUGGAGAAGGAAUACUUCGCCUGUGCACAACACGUUGGCAUUAUUGAUAUAUCUUCGUUCUCUAAGAUUGAAAUCAAGCCCGGAGUACAGAGCGAGCGCAGCAAAAAUAAUGUUUUGGAGUACCUCCAAAAAAUGUGCUGCAAUGACGUUGAUGUGGAAAUUGGUCAUAUUGUGCACACGGGAAUGUUGAAUGAUCACGGUGGUUUUGAAAACGAUUGCAUGUUGAUACGACAAGAUGGUGAUCACUUUUUCAUGAUAUCGCCGUCAUCACAGCAGACCAGAAUCUACGACUGGAUGUCCCGUAAUUUACCGCUGGACGCUAGCGUCAAACUGAACGAUGUCACCUCGAUGUACACAGUCAUAAAUGUAGUGGGUCCAAAAUCAACUCAAUUGAUGAGCGAGUUAUCGAACUCGAAUGUAAAGUUGCAACCUUUCACAUACCGAAAACUAAACAUUGGUUAUGCAAGCGAUGUGAUGAUCAUGUCUUUCACGCAUACAGGGAUGCCAGGAUAUUGUUUAUACGUUCCGUCCGAAUAUGCACUUCAUGUUUACGAUCGUCUUAUGGCAGUUGGACGAGACUAUGGGGCACGCGAUGUUGGUACAUUGACACAAAGGGUGCUGAGAAUCGAUAAAUUCAUUCCGUUCUGGGGGGACGAACUUACAAGUAUGACAACACCUUUCGAAGCUGGCGUAAACUACACAGUGAGAUUGGAUAAAAAGGAUGAUUUCAUUGGACGAGCAGCCCUGGAGAAACAGAAACGUGAAGGAUUGAUGAAACGUUUGGUUCUUUUCCACGUAGAGGACAUUGAUAUUGAAAAGGAUGUUUGGCCAUGGGGUGGCGAGCCCCUUUAUCGGAACGGUGAAUAUUGUGGAACCGUCACUUCAGCCGGCUAUGGGUUCUCUUCUGAGAAAUUAGUAUGCCUUGGCUACAUCAGUCGUACACAGCAGAAUGGCCCUAAAGUGAUAACGACCGAGUUCAUAAUGGAUAAAAAUGCAGUCUAUCAUAUUGAUAUAGCUGGACGCCAAUUCCGUUUAACGCAGCACUUGCAUCCUAAAGCAGCCCUUGCAAAGUCGUUGGCAGAGCGUGAGGAAAGAAAACGAUAUCGUCCAACAGUACUGAAGUUCAAACAACAAUUUCAAACGUAGUCGUUUUGUACCUCAACACGAAAACACAUGAAGAACUUUUUUAGUAUUGUAUAUGGCUAUUCGGAUUAAAUGCAAAAUAAGCAUUGUGUA